AUGGUAAACUCUCCAUCCUCAAAACACCCAACCCCACAUUCUGUAAGCCCAAGACACCAUAUUCAUGCAACAAAAGAAGACCGUUUGUCCAAAUAUAGGAAUGGGAAAGAGAAGGAUACAACAGUGACAAAGUAUAGGCCUUUGGAGGUCGUGACUUUUAAUCCUCCAUUAGAUGCUAUAAAGCAUGGGCAUGGAGAGAGUGGUAUGAGGUAUAUUUUUGGGGAUCUUCCUUUAGACGACUUUGAGCAGGGGAAGAUUAAAGAAAUGCAUGCAUAUCUCAAAUCUAGACACGUUUCAUUAAAAAAUACGGCCUUUUGUGAUAAUCAUCUUUUAUUAAGAUACUUACAGGGUAAUGAAUAUAAUUUUGUCAAGGCAUGGAAUGAUAUUAAGCGUCAUGUGAGGUGGAGACAGAAUUUCAGGAUGAUUGAAGAUAGGGACAAAUUAGAAAGGUUACUAAGAAAGGGGUACUGCUAUAUACAUGGAAGAGACAAAUUAUUAAGGCCUAUCAUAGUUUUCAGAGCUAAAGCAUUUUCAGAUGGGGAAGAACCUGAUGAUAUAAUUCACGUAGUUUAUUACUGGUUUGAGUUUGUGAUAACAAACAUGCUUGCGUGGAAUAGAGUUGAACAGUGGAGAGUUAUUAUGGACCUCCAAGAUGUCACUUUGUAUAAUGCACCCAUUUCGCUUCUGAAAGAUAUUGCAAUAAAUCUGCAAAGAAACUACAGGGGAUAUCUUGCACAGAUGUCAUUUAUCAACGCACCUAUAAUUUUUUGGGGGUUGUGGCAGGCAAUUAGUCUCGUUCUGCCUCAAUCUACUCGAGAUAAAAUAACAUUAUGUACCUCAGAUUACAAGUCUGAAUUCCUGAAAUGUAUUAACCCAAACCAGCUUGAAAGAAGGUAUCACGGAAUUGCCCCUGAUGUAAAUUCAUUCAGAGAACCUAUAUUACCUCCUUUGAAUUAG